CCCAGCUGAACCCUAGCCUCCCGGAAUCCUCGUUCUCCCUCCCCUACCGGCACCGCCGCCCAUGGCCCGCCGGGCGCCGUUCUCCGUCCCGGACCCCGCGACGGCGACCGCAUGCGGCCCGCACGAGCUGGUCCGGGACCCGGAGCAGCUCCUGUCAUACAUCCGCAGCUGCGCCCCCGAGCCGCCCGUCUCCACCACCGCUGGCCUCGCCGCCCGCCGCGCAUCCGCCGCCGACCCCGACGGCAUCGAUCGCAUCAGCGGCCUCUCCGACGCGCUCCUCCGCGACAUCGUAUCCCGCCUCCCCUGCAAGGACGCGGCGCGCACCGCCGUGCUCGCCGCGCGCUGGCGCGGGGUUUGGCUCGCGGCGCCGCUCGCCGUCGUCGACGCCCACCUCCUGGGCCGCCGGCACCCGGCGUCUGCCGACGCGGCGGCCGCGGCCGUCACCGCCGCCGUGUCGCGCGCCCUCGCCGCGCACCCGGGGCCCUUCCGCUGCGCCCACCUCGUGUCCGGCCUCAUGGACGCGCGGCAGCCCCACCUCAAGCGCUGGCUCCGCCUCCUCGCCGCUAAGGGCGUCCAGGAGCUCGUCCUCGUCAACCGCCCGUGCCCGCGGGAGGUGCCCCUCCCCGACACGCUCUUCCGGAUCGCCACCCUCACCCGCCUCUACAUUGGCUUCUGGAAGUUCCCGCGCGCGGCGAGCCUCCAAGGCGCCUCCUUUCCCAACCUCCGCGAGCUCGGCGUCUGCAGCGUCGUCGUGGAGGACGGGGACAUCGACUCCCUCGUCGCCAGGAGCACUGUCCUGGAGAUCCUCAACAUCCAAGGGAGCGUGAAGGGGUUGCGUCUCGUCAGCCGGAGCCUCCGGUGCGUGCAGAUCUGCGCUUCCGUGGUGGAGAGCAUCGCCGUGGUGAGCACCCCCUGUCUCGACCGGCUUAUCCUGUGGGAAGUCCGGGGUUCUCCAAACCCUGCCAGUGGCUUGCGCACCAGGAUCAAGAUUGGAAUUGCCCCCAAGCUGCGCAUACUGGGAUAUCUGGACCCAGCACAACACCUGCUAGAGAUUGGAGGCACCGUCAUCAUGGCUGGGAUUAAACCAAGCGCAAGUACAAUACACACAAGCGUGAAGACCCUGAGCUUGACAGUGUGUUUUGGAUCCAAUGGUGCCAUGAUGGUGCCUGCCAUCCUCAAAUGCUUUCCCAAUGUCGAGGCGCUGCAUAUUAUGUCUGCAAAAUGUGAUGAACCCGCUAACAGGCUCAACCUCAAGUUAUGGCAAGAGGCUGAUCCUAUCCUAAGUGUCCUGUUGCGCAUCAAGGUGAUGACAAUCCGUGAGUUCCGAGGGGAGCAACAUGAGCUGGCCUUCCUCCAGUUUUUCUACCAGAAUGCACGGGUGCUGAAGGAUGCAGCAAUCGUUUCAGCCAAUGUAAGGGUCACUAGAAUAUCCGACAAACAGAUGUUUUCCAUUAUUCAGAAUAUGGAUGAUUCAAGAUGGGCCAGUAAAUUCGGACUGGCUAUCUUGGGGAGCAAUGGUCCUGAAGGAGGUAGACCCUGGAUGUUUCAACGAGGAGCAAAUUUUUCUGAUGACGACCCUUUUGCACCGAUUAAAUUCAUUGGAAACGGCCCUGCUUCAGCGACAAGAAGAAACAAGACUGCUGGGACGGGCACGAACUGUAUCUGAGGUCGAUCGUCAACGUGUUUGCAUGCAGGCGUCCUGGUUUUGUAAUAAUGUUAAGUGGCUACUCUUGAACCUCUCCUGUCCUUAGCUCUGCCAGCAUGGUUAGCUUAUUGAGUGGCGAAGGUAAUAGUACAAUGCUGAUUCAAAUGCUUGUGUGCAUCGUAAAUGCUUGUGGAUGGCUAUUACAGACCACCGAAUCCGCAUUUCACGUGUAUUUCAUUAGCUAGAUCUGA